GACUUAUUGGAAACUCUAGACGAGGGGUCUUUCUUCACCACAUCUCCAGCAGCGACACCCUCCCUCAUGCCUACGCCCACAUUCUCUCAGGCUACUCCCUACAUAUCAAGCCCUGCCUCUGCUACUGAAGCGACAUCGAACCCUCCGGCACAUCCUCCUGAGGCACCCGCUGAAGAGCCUGCACCCCCUCUUCUACCGUCUACCACCAAGACAGAAAUGUUUUUGUUGACUGCUGCAGAUCAGGAGUCAGGCACUCGGGAUGAACGACUGAGUCGCGUUAUUCAGAGCAAAUAUGAGGCAGGUCUGCUCAAACCGUAUGAUCAUGUCAAGGGCUAUGCACGACUGUCAAGGUGGAUGAAUCGCAAUGUUUCUCGACAAUCGAAGCGGCAAAUUCUGCAACCGUUGUCGGUGCUGCGACCCACAUUCCGAGCUGUUGCGCAGUCCCUACGCGAUAUCGACCUCAUUUUCAUAGAAGAAGCUUUUGAGCGAUUGCUUCUUCAUUCCAACCAUGUCUUCUCAGCCAUGAAUGCCCCGGCGUGUCUCUGGCGCCGAAUGGGUGAGGUCUAUAAAGGAAAUCGCGAGUUUCCAGAACUCAUAGGUGUCGAUGAACAUAUGAUGCGAGGCGGCCACCUUUGUAUCUACGAGCUUAUUGUAGAAGAGUCGGCAGUCAAUUAU